AUGCCUCGUUCGAGCCCUGUGUUUCUUCCGCCACCCUCCCACUUCAUGCCUACCUACCUACCCCUCCAGGGAAGUGCCUCUGGCCGCCGCAAACGCUCCCUCGCAUCUCCCCUGCCACCUGCCAUCCCACUGGCCGCUGCUGCUUCAGCCGCUGCCACAGGCGGGGUAGCAGGGACAGUGAGCAGUGCGCAAGGUGGGGAGGGUGGUGGGAGGGAAGCGGGAGAAGGCGGGGGCGGGGGAGUUGGGGAGCAGUGUCGUGUGCUGCUGCUGGUGGUGGCGGUGGGGGGCAACGGGCUGAACGUGGUGGAGGCGCAGCACGUGGUGUUUGUGGAGCCGGGGCUCAAUGCUGCCGCCCACGCGCAGGCUGCCAACCGCGUGCACCGCAUCGGCCAGACCCGCCACACCUUUGUGCACCGCUUCGUGGUGCAUGGCACGGUGGAGGAGCCCAUUCACGCCCUCGCACGCUCCAAAGCCGCUGCUGCCCCCCUCGCCACCGCCCACAAUACCGCCAGCCCACUGUCCUGCCGGGACAAGGACUCGCUCACCCUCGCUGACGUCACCGCGCUCUUCCCCCAGGCCUGCCCUGCUGGAGAUGGCAGGGCGGUGGAGGAACGGGUGGUGGCGAUGAGGGGUGGAGCAGAGGGGGAUGCAGGCAGGGAGGACCGCGAGAGGCUUGCUAUGGCUGCUGCUGCUGCCGCAGAAGCACGGAUGCAGAAACAGCCUGAGUGA